AUGAAUCAAAUAAAAGGCCACAAUAUCUAUAUCGGAGGCAUACUUAGCGUCAAAAACAAAGCAGCAUUGGCACGCGCAGAUAUCUCGCAUGUUCUCUCAGUGCUGCGCCUCAGCCCAGCUGAGGAAGAUCAGACUUUCAGCUCUUACCAGCAUCUUUCCAUAGGAGUUGACGAUGUGGACGAUGAAAAUUUAUUGGAGCAUUUCCCCGCUGCUAUCAAGUUUAUUCAGUCCGGCCUAGACGGUGGUGGAGGUGUACUCGUGCACUGUGCGAUGGGGAAGUCCCGCUCGGCGACCAUUUGCAUCGCCUACCUGCUCCACCGCCAACCGGGGUCGCUCACACCGCAAUCUGCCCUUGCGCUGGUUCGCCAAACCAGACCCCUAUGUGAGCCAAACGAGGGCUUCAUGGAGCAGCUGAACCUGUACCAUGAGAUGGGCUGCCCAGAUGAUGUCACUGACCACCCAUCGUACAAGCGCUGGCUUUAUCAUCGCGACGUCGAAGAAAGUGUGGCGUGUGGCCGUGCUCCAGAGCUGAAGUCGGUGCGAUUUGAAGACGAACAGCCCGUUCAGCCUAAAGAUACCACCGGUCGAACGGUCGAGAUUAAAUGCCGGAAAUGCAGAACCAAAUUGGCAACAACUCCAUCCAUCCUCCCGCACGAGGAAGAAAAGAAAAACACUGCCAAGUCCUCAGCAACCGCCGAGUGUGGCCAUGUUUUCCUCCACCCCCUAACGUGGAUGCGCCCAAGUCUCUUCCCAAACGAGCAUGGAGCUGAGACUGCUGAUACAACCUACGGUGCGCACCCCGACGAUGCCCCUCUCGCUGGUCGCCUCACCUGCCCAAAUCCUGUCUGCGGGUCCAAUGUAGGCAAAUUCGCAUGGCAAGGUCUUCGAUGUAGCUGUGGUGGCUGGGUCGUGCCUGCCAUCGGUCUCACCAAAGCCCGUGUUGAUAUUGCCCAGGUCAACAUAGCUCAGGGGCCAAGAAUUAACCCUGCCAUCCGUCUUCCUCCGGGAAUGCGGGUCCCAGCGGCUAAUGAUUCUGGGCGCGGGAAUCUUUGA